AUGGCUAUGCCACCGGCAUCUCUCGACGAGCUGCUCGCGGCCCCGGCUCUCGCGCCUCCAGAAGGCGUGACACCCCAGUUCGACAAUCCCCCGAACCGAAAUAGCCUUGCCUGGGGUGUGACGACGGCCUGUAUGGUCAUUGCCACCAUAUGUCUCCUGCUUCGUCUCUACGCUCGUCUGUGGAGGGAGAAAAAGAUCCAUAUUGAGGAAGUCCUGGUUGGAGCCUACUGGGGCACAGCAUACGCGGCAUACGCGUUGAUCUGGACGCCUGGAUAUUAUGUCCAUACGUGGAAUCUUCGCAAUAGGGACCUGAUCCACCCGCUCUAUCUCAUCCUCGUCUACGGCUGCUGCUACUCAGCCGUCCUCCCCCUGAUCAAGACAGCCAUCUUGCUGGACUGGUGUCGGAUGCUCGUGCCUGCUGACCGGCUCAGAAACCCCUUCUGGUGGGGCUGCAUGGUCGUGGCUACUGUCCAGUGUGUCUGGGGGCUCUGCUGCAUUAUCCUGUUGAAUGAGCAAUGCGACCCCCACAGGGCCAUCUGGGAGUUUUACCCCCCUAGCAAAUGCUACUCCCUGCCCAAGGUGAUGCUGGCGUCGGCGAGUGUCCAGGUCAUCACCGAUAUCACGAUGGUCUUGCUGCCGCAGAGGGUCAUCUGGAGCCUACACAUGAACUGGCAAAAGAAGCUGGGUGUCUCGGUCAUCUUCGGGGUUGGUGUGAUAGCCUGCAUUGCAGCAUGCUUCCGCCUGGGACACACCGUCACAUUCUUCAAGGAGGCAGACACCAUGUUCUCCAUCGGACCCCUGUUGUUCUGGGCCUGCGCCGAGAUGACCUGCGGCUUCUUCGUCCUCAGCGUCCCCUGUCUCCCCAAGCUCAUUUCCGAGUCCAGCCUCUCCCGAAGAGUCAAACAGUACCUCGGCAUCAGUGCGAGGUCCUCGGGCGACAAUUCCUACGGCCCGCGUUCAGGCUCGCACCAACUGUCCAGGUCGAAGAGGGCCUCGGACUCCUACAAUCGGAUCGACGGCAGCAGCACCGGCACGCGCAUGUCCGACUUUGACAGGUCCGAGUCCCAGGAGCACUUGCACCAGGAUUAUCUGCAGGAUGGCAAGAAUGGCGUGCAGGUGACGCGGAUGACGGAUAUCACUGUUACCUCUAGUCCUCAUUCCAGUAGUGAGCUGGGACAUAUUAUCCCGUGGAUUAAAUGA